CGUCCAACGGUUUUUGUUAAAAUUGCUCUAUUCGGUUGCGAGUUGAACUAACGUAACAAUAUUUUUCAAAUAAUUAAAUAUUGGUUAUUUGUGGUUCAUAUUAUUUAUAAUAUUGUGCAAAUUAAACGGAAACAAGGGUACAAAUCAAACGGCCACCGCCGUUUGUUAAAAUUAACUUGUAAUGGCGCCAACAAGGUUGGCAUCAAAGUCUGUAAAUAUUAGUCAGAAUAUGAACGGCAUUAUGAGCCAUGGCAUUACGACGAGGAGUAAGCAAUUAGCUACUCUGAAAUCUUAUAAAGACAGCUUGAAGGCGCCAAACAAGAGAAAAGCUGAUAGCCCUUUAAAAGAUGUAACUGCUAAAAGAGCUGCUUUUGGAGACUUAACAAACGCAUUCAACAAAUCUUCGGGUAACGAAAAAUGCAUGGCACUUAAAAAGGUGACCGUGGAAGGGAAAAUGCUUCCAGCUGUUAAGACUAUCAAACCACACACAGCAGUGAAUGGCAAGACAUCAAAAGGUAGACAGUUGCAAAAAGUAGCCGCAAAUGCCAUAGAGAGUGUGCAAAAACACUUUGUUAAGGAUCCACCCAAACCUAUUGCCACUCGGGCACAAAAUGGCAUUCUUAAGAAUAUUGUUCGUAAGUCAUUGGACAAGGAAAAUCAGAAUCAAAGUCAAAACUCUUCGGCAAAAUCUGCUAGAAGUGAUGUUUCCGAGGCUUCACUUUACACCACAGCUUUGGAAAAUAACUUUAGCCCAAACGAAACAAAGGAGGAAUAUAAGACAAUCAGCGAGAAACUAGACAAAGUAAAUUUGGAUGACUCGGACUGUAGGUCUCUGGUGGAGGAGGUGGACAUCCCACACCGAGUGCCUGCUGGUGUUAUUGACUUUGACAAGGAAAACUGGAAUGACCCCUACCAAGUAUCUUGCUAUGCUAUGGACAUCUUCAACUAUUUGCAAAGCAGAGAACCUCUCUUCCCCAUCGAUGACUAUCUCACACGGAUAAAGGGAAUCACAGCGUGGAUGCGAGCCCUACUUGUUGACUGGAUGGUGGAAGUUCAGGAGAGCUUUGAACUGAACCAUGAGACAUUAUACCUCGCCGUUAAACUUGUUGACUUAUUCUUGACUCGCUCGAGUCGGAAAUUGCCAGAAAGGGAACACUUGAAUAAGGAAGAGCUACAGCUGUUGGGUGCAUCUGCCCUAUUUAUCGCUUCUAAGUUUGACGAACGGAUCCCGCCACUUGUGGACGACUUUCUGUACAUCUGUGACGGUGCCUACACACUGAAUCAAUUAAUCAAGAUGGAGAUUAAAAUUGUGAAGACGAUCGACUUUGACCUCGGCAUUCCUCUCUCCUACAGGUUCCUCAGAAGAUACGCUCGGUGUGCCCGAGUCUCGAUGCCAACUCUGACGCUGGCUCGGUUCAUCUUGGAGCAAUGCCUAUUGGAAUACAGCCUGGUGUCUCUAUCUGAUAGCAAGAUGGCGGCGGCUGCGCUCUAUGUGGCGCUGCGGAUGAAGAACGUCUCGCAUUGGACACCCACACUGCAGCAUUACACCGGCUACGCCCUCUCAGAGAUUCUUCCGAUCGCUCUCCUCCAAAACGCAGUUCUGCACAAGAAGCCAAAGUCCGCGAUCAGCACGGUACGCAACAAGUACUCGCACUCGAUAUUCUUCGAAGUGGCCAAGUUGCCCUUAAUAGACGACGCUGUCUUGACCAGCUGAGGAGGAAAGCGUUUUGUCAGGGUUGUCAGGUCGCUUUGAGGUUAGAAAUUCUACAAAAUCGGCAGAUAUGUUGAUCAAAAGUAUAUUAAUAAUUUGGACCAGUGCUAUUUCUUUAAAGUCUGUCUUUUGGUCAAUUCUUUCUUUCUUCAAGAAGCCCCUACUUAUAUACGUCUCUAAAUUAUUUUAGAUCUUAGCAAAAGCAAAAUCGGCUCGACGAUUAGGUUAAUUUAAGUUUUAAGUAAGGAGCUUUGAUUAUGUUUAAUCUCAGUACAUUAGUUUUUCCCUAAAACUUGACAACCCUACGGUAACUUAUAAAAUAUAUAAAUACAAAAUAUUGUAAUUGCAAUAAAUUUGUUAAACAAGACAUUAGGCGAUGCAUACGCGAGUUAGAAUAAUUAAAAUCUCGAUGAGACGCUUAAUUUAAUCGUCAAUCGUAUGAAGCUAAAGCGUCUUAUUUACUGAGCUGAAUUUGAUUGACUUUUAAAUAUUUGGAUUAGAUUAAUAACAGACUAACGUGCGACGUUUGAUAUCCGAAAUUGUACUUAUUUGUUUUUUCAACAAAUCCUGUGCUUUUAAUUAAUUAGUGUAUUGACGGCCUCGUUAGCUGAUUUUACUCUUUGUAUGUAAAAUUUGUUAGGACUUAUGUAAGUUAACACAGGGAUGUGUGCCAGUUGCAUUUAUUUUAAGACUGAUGACGUGGAUAGCCUCUAAGCCUGCAUUUGACACUAAAAUAUUUAAGUCUAGACUUUGAUAACAAUGAUUUAAUUACAGAAAUCAUUGAUUCGUUUUAAAUUAAAAUGGUUUAUAAUUUCAUAUAGAGGUAGUCAAAUCUUAAAUAUGUUAGUGUCGUGUAAUAGUGCUACAAACUUAUCUGAGCCGGUGACAUCAAGAGCGAAGCGUUUAUGGUUAAAUAAGUUGGGGCACUACGGUCGUGCCAUAUUAAUGUAUGGCUCCAUUACCACCGGUAAAGUGGAGAUGUUGAAACCAAGUUUCUUCGGCUCUGAUCUCCAUUUGUUUGAAAAAAUAACCAAAAUCGCGAAACAGUGUACGUUCGCCCGUCGCUCCGAGAUCGUCUUCCUAUAGUCAAUUAUACGUAGGGAACGGUUUAGUGUGGAAUAUUUAGUGCUAAUUGUAAUGUAAUAUGCGGAAUACGAGUUUUUAUUUAUUAGUUUUUUUUUUGGUUCAAUUGUGAGACCAUGUUUUAUUUAAAAUUAAUAUCAAUGAAUAUCGGCAAUUUGUAUGAAAUGAAUAUCUUUUAGAUGGUUUUGUACAUAAUAUGCUCGCGUUGACUGAUCUUCGUCGAAUGAACUCAACUUGCCACCGAGAGCAAUUGAUUUUUAUAAAGGUUAUGUAUUGUGAUGAGCAGAAUUUGCUAAUAUUAUAAUGAAUGGAUUUUGUAAUGUUUUAAUUAUAAUUUACAUAUUAAUUAUUGUGAGUUUUGCAGCGGUGUCGUGUUUUGUAAUUUAUCACAUUUUAAAGAGUACAAAAUAUUGGAAUGUUAUAAUGUUGUUCAUUAAUGGUAAGUUUUAGACUAGUUCGUUUUAAAACUGUUUUCAUAUCAUUUGUCAUUAUACAAGUUAAUUUUAAUGUAAACUGUGAAAUGUAAAUAAAAAGUGAUUUUGGUUUGA